CGGCCAUGGCUACAGCCCCACAUGUGGUCAGUGGAACGGUCCGCUGCAAUGACCAGUACAACUUCCACCUGGAGAACCAGGCAGCCUUGUGUAUCCCUACGGACACGGGAGGUAUGGACAUCAUGGCCACCACCCAAUGGCAGGACACUUGCAUAGAGACAGUCUCGCAAAUUCUGGGAAUACCCGAGUCCAGGAUCAGCGUGGAGACCCAACGUCUGGGUGGCGGUUUUGGCGGAAAGAUCUACUACAACGCCCCAGUGUGUGGCAUGGCAGCUCUGGCUGCCUACGUCACCAAUAGACCAGUGCUGAUGAACCUAGAUCUUCACACAAACAUGCAGUCCCAAGGAAAGAGGACACACUACGUCUUUGAGUAUCAAGUAGGAUUUGAUGACGACGGGAGAAUUAUCGCUAUCGUGGCUACAGGCUAUGGUGAUGUUGGAGCCCUUCUGUUCAAUAAAGGAGACGAGUACACGGUCGGAUACAUCGACAAUGUCUACAACAUCCCUAACUUCAAAUGGACAGUGCAGCCGGUGAAGACAAACAAGCCAGUCAGUACUGCAGUCAGAGCCCCAGGUACCGCCCCUGCCAUUUAUGGCAUGGAAUGCAUGAUUGACCAUGUGGCCACUUAUCUCAAGAAAGAUCAUUUGCAAGUCAGAAAACUCAACUUGAUGCAAGAUGGAGAUACAACACUGGCUGGGGUUGUGCUGGAGCACUGUCUGAUCAAGGAUGUUGUGGCUCAGUUGGAAGCACAAGUCAACAUCGCCCAGAGACUACAAGCUGUCAGCGACUUCAACAAGAACAAUCGCUGGAGGAAGCGGGGGUUCCACGUGAUGCCGAACAGAUACGCCAUGGUCUGGGAGGGCAGAUUCUACACCACGUCCAUCUAUGUCAACCAUGGAGAUGGUAGUGUCCACAUCUGUCACGGUGGAGUGGACAUGGGUCAAGGAAUCAACACAAAGGCUAUCCAGUGUUGCGCCUACAAGCUGGGUAUUCCCAUGGACUUGAUUACAGUGAAGCCGACCAGUACGAUCGUCAACACCAACUCCAAGUACAGUGCUGGCUCCACCACUACAGGACUCGUCUGUCUGGCCAUCUUGAAAUGUUGUGAAGACCUUCUGGAGCGCUUGGCUCCAUCGAAAGCCAAACUGGUCAAUCCGUCAUGGAGGGAGAUCAUCAAGCAAGCGUACCUGGAUGUGGUGGACCUGAGAGCACACUACAUGCCUCAGAUCAAAGACAAAUACCCAUCCGAACAUUACAGCUCCUGGGGCGCCUGUACGGCCGAGGUGGAGCUGGACGUCCUCACGGGUCAGUACCAGAUCACGCAGGUGGACUACCUGAAUGACACCGGCACCAGCUUAAACCCACAGCUGGACAUUGGUCAGUUGGAAGGUGGUUUUAUCAUGGGCUUGGGAUUGUUUCUGACCGAGGGUUUCAAGUUUGACCCAAUGACAGGUCAGCUGCUCACCGAUGGAACAUGGGAAUACAAACCUCCGCUGGGGAAAGAUUUACCAAUCAACUUCAAUGUGAAGUUCAUGAGAAAUGUGCCCAAUCCCACCGGAGUACUUGGCUCUAAAAUUGUGGGCGAGGCUCCAGUCAGCACCGGAGCCUGUGUCCUGUUUGCUCUCAAACGUGCCGUGGAGGCCGCCCGAGCCGAGCAGAAUAACACCGACUGGUUUCCGUUCCAUGCCCCUGCCACAGUGGAGAGCAUACAGACAGCUUGUCUGAACGACCUUGCCCAGUACACCUUUGGUAAUUAA